AUGGCUCUUGCGGACUCGAGAGUAAUCAGGAUAGCUCCAAAUGAGCUACACAUCGACGACGUCAAGAUAUACAAGGAAAUUUACAACCAAACCUCGACUUACGUCAAACAUCCCGACUUCUAUGCCGGAUUUGGUACACCACAUUCUGUUUUCGUCGAACAUGAUCCCAAUCUCCACAAACAACGGCGACGACGUCUCAAUCCGUACUUCUCCCGAAGGGCCAUAGGACAGCUGGAAACGCUACUAAAAGACAAAAUCGAACAACUGGGGAAUCGCAUCGAUGGUCAGAAAGGCCCUUACAAUAUCUUUAACGCUGUGAGGUGCACGACUGUUGACAUCAUCUCUCAUUACUGCACUGGGAAGCCUCUUGGCCAACUCCAAAACAGCGAUAAAAACUUCAACGGUGAUUUUUUGGAUGCAUUUGAUUCCCUCGCCGCCUCUCUCUGGACAUUCAUGUAUCGGCCUACCCUUAGGUUGGUCAUGUUAAGCAUACCACAAGCUCUAGCCAAGAUUAUGAGUAGGGAGGCACGGUUCAUGAUGAAUUUAUAUGGCGUAUGUCACAAUGCAGCCAUCAACUUCAAAAGGAAUCCUCCCAAGUCUACCGAAGAGGCAAUCUUGAGCAGCCUGUCUGAUCUUGAUGAAAAAGAAAUGGGGGCUGAGACAGUCGAUUUGCUUGUUGCUGGGUCUGAUACCACAGCGUACACACUGGCAGCAGCUGUUGUACAAAUCUGUCAGAACAAUCAGGUCAAGAAGAAGCUUGUGGAAGGUUUAGCUAAAGGAAUUUCUGAUACCAAGAACUUGCCGUCGCUUUUGGAGUUGGAGCAAAUUGUGUACCUGAACGCCACAGCCCGUGAAGCCAUCCGAUUCGCCAUUGCAGCUCCCGGGAGGUUACCACGUGUCGUUCCACGGGACAGCAAACCUCUUAUUGUUGAUGAGCAGGUAAUCCCCGCCGGAAGCGUCGUUGGCAUGUCGGCAUACACCAUGAACUUCAGCAAAGAGCUCUGGGGUGAUGACGCGGCCGAAUUCAAUCCAGAUCGCUGGCUGGGUGAUGGUGGAAAGAGUCUAGACACGAAUAUGUGUUCAUUCUCGAAGGGCCUUCGAAGCUGUCUUGGGCAGAAUCUUGCAUUCGCAGAGAUACAUUACAUUCUGGCUUAUCUCUUUUCCAAGUAUGACAUUGAUUUGGUCGAUAAACCGGACGACAUUGAGGUUUACGAUCGGUUUACAAAUUAUGUUACCAAACAUGCUAUCAUGGUAAACAUGAAGAAACGCAAGCUUUCAAAGUAA